GCCCCAGCGGGCCCAGAGGACCGCUCCCGCGGGGAAGAACCUACGGGGUGUCGGCUACUCGGAAGCCCAAGAAGUGAGGGCAAGCCAGAGGUGAACCGAGAAGCUGAUGAGGAGGGAACUCUCCUGAGACUCAGCUUCCGGAUAGCAGCCGCCGUGGCGCAGCGCCGCACAGUCUGACGUGAGCACGGCCUUCCGGCGCGGAACCCGCCCGCGACACCGCCCCGACCGCAGAGCACGCCGGGAGCUCGGCGGAAGGGGCGGGGCUGACCGGUGCCCCUGAGACUCGUGCCGGAAGGAGACAGGCGGGACCCGGACAGCCUCUGGUCCGGGCUGUGGAACGGAAGGAGGGUGCGGGAUCACGUGACUACAGAGUGGGAAAGGGCCGGGGCAGGGGUCGGGACGAUCCUCUUCCCCUCGGCUCACGGGUGGCCGGAAGUGGCAGCCUCGGUGUACCAUCCGAGAUGGGGACGUCCUUGGACAUCAAGAUUAAAAGAGCGAAUAAAGUUUAUCAUGCCGGGGAAGUGCUCUCUGGCGUGGUGGUCAUCUCUAGCAAGGAUCCCGUGCAGCACCAGGGAGUAUCUUUGACCAUGGAAGGGAUUGUCAACCUCCAGCUCAGUGCCAAGAGUGUGGGCGUGUUUGAAGCUUUCUACAACUCCGUGAAGCCCAUCCAGAUCGUCACCAGCACCAUCGAGAUGGUGAAGCCAGGGAAGUUUCCCAGUGGCAAGACGGAAAUUCCCUUUGAGUUUCCUCUGCAUGUGAAGGGUAACAAAGUUCUGUAUGAGACCUACCACGGUGUGUUCGUCAACAUUCAGUACACACUGCGCUGUGACAUGCGGCGGUCCCUGCUGGCCAAGGACUUGACCAGGACCUGCGAGUUCAUCGUUCACUCUCCCCCUCAGAAGGGGAAGUUGACACCAAGUCCUGUGGACUUCACGAUCACCCCAGAAACCUUACAGAAUGUCAAAGAGAGAGCCUCACUUCCCAAGUUCCUCAUUAGAGGACAUCUGAACUCCACCAGCUGUGCUGUCACGCAGCCGCUGACAGGGGAGCUGGUGGUGGAGCGCUCGGACGCCGCCAUCCGGAGCAUCGAGCUUCAGCUAGUCCGCGUGGAGACCUGCGGGUGUGCAGAAGGCUAUGCCCGCGAUGCCACGGAGAUCCAGACGAUCCAGAUAGCCGACGGGGAUGUUUGCAGGAGCCUCGCCAUCCCCAUGUACAUGGUAUUUCCUAGACUGUUCACUUGCCCAACGCUGGAGACCACCAACUUCAAAGUGGAAUUCGAGGUGAACGUGGUUGUGCUUCUCCACGCGGACCACCUCAUCACCGAGAACUUCCCGCUGAAGCUCUGCCGGACUUAGACCAGCAGCCGGGCGGGGUCGGCCCGGUGGAAGUCCAGCUGGUCCCUGGACUUGGAGAAGCCACAGCUGGCCGUGUCUGCGUUCAUGAUUGUUCUGUAUCAGAAACGAGUCCACCACCUGUAAUGACAGCUGUUCCUCAUUGCUUUGAAGCUUCUGCUUCCUUCCGGCACCUUGCCCAAGACCCUGUUGUGGGAGUGCAUGAUGUCUUCACGGAGAACACUCCCAGUUCUUCCUGACUUGCUCAUUCCUUUUAAAGUUCAAUAAAGCAGUUUCGUUUGCCA